GCUUGUGUCGAGUACUGCUUGUGGUGAGACGAGAUGGCAAUCUGAGCGUUCGCCCUGAAAGGCGAAACAUUUCCUACAUAGUUUGCUCGGUUAGGGGCGAACUGAAAUCUCAUGUGUGGAGCUUUAGCUACAUAGAAAGUGGAACAAUGGGGCAUGGAGUUGGCUGAUCCCAAGGGCUUAGAGUCAGCACCAAUUGCCUCCACUGUGGUGAAUGACAUGGCCACGGCCUCGUCCAGAACGGAGUGUAGCAAUAACCAAUUACAAGUGACAUCACAGCUUCAUGCUAUAGUUUCCUGUGCUAAACUCAAAAGAAAGAAAAGCCUGUUUGGGACGGCCAUUUAUGUGGAGGUGACAGCAGAGGGGGAGUCACGUCGCACCACCAAGUCCCACAGCUCCUCCAGCCCCAAAUGGGAUGAGCAGCUCACGUUAAAUGUAACACCACACACGCAGGUGGAUUUUAAGGUAUGGAGCCAUCACACCCUGAAGGCUGACGGUCUGCUGGGCAAAGCCACCUUAGACCUCCUACAGGCUCUGGAGCAGCAUGACAGGAAACUGGAGAAUGUGAGGGAGGUGCUGAAGCUAAGUUUGGAUAAUAAAGGGGUGGUGGUAGCCACCGGGGAGCUGACUGUCUACCUGGAUGGCCUCACUGUUGACCAGGAGCAAUUGCAGAAUGGAAACGUCACAACCACCACCACCAAAGUCCAACAAAAUGGAAAUGCCAUUCACGAAAAUGCAGUUGAUGCAUUAAGAGCUCUAAACAGCACCGUCAACGGUACGGGCUCUGCAUCAGCCCCCUGUUCCCAUUCCACGUCCAAUGGCCUUAAUAGUGAGGGCUCAUCCUCCCACAGUGGCCCCUCAACUGCCCUUAACCCUGCUCCAGUCAUCAACGGAGACGCUGUGUCAAUCACCCCUGCCCACCAGGGGUGCCCAAAACCCGCUGACAGUGAAGUAGGAAAUAUGACGGUGAACAGGGAGACCUUCACCUCUACCCCUGGCCCCUCCGCAGACGAUGCGGUGCCCCUGACAGAUACCUCUGAGGAGUGCAUAGAAGCCACUAGCUCUGAUCCAGUGCUCUUCAGCAUGAUCCAAGCCCCCUCUCAGGAUCUCUCCUCUGAACCAGACGGUGCUGCUGCUCCCUCUCCACUCAACCCAGCCACAUCCUCCGCUCAGCUUGAUGCAGCCUUCUCUUGCUCACAUGCCUCCUCAGCCCCAAGCUCCACAGCGGAAGUUGGAGGGGUUGGUGUAGGCGAAGCAGUAGCCUCAGAGGGAACCAAGCCUAGACAACAGACCGCCAACACCAGCACUUCAGACCCCCUGCCCCCAGGGUGGGAGCAGAGAAAGGACCCCCACGGGAGAACCUACUAUGUGGAUCACAAUACCAGAACCACCACAUGGGAGAGACCACAGCCUUUACCGACAGGCUGGGAAAGGCGUGUGGACGACCGGGGGCGCAUCUACUACGUCGAUCACAACACCAGGACCACCACUUGGCAGAGGCCCACCAUGGAGUCAGUCCGCAACUUCGAACAGUGGCAGUCCCAGCGCAGUCAGCUGCAAGGAGCUAUGCACCAGUUCAACCAAAGAUACCUCUACUCGGCUUCGAUGAUGUCAGCGGAAAAUGACCCUCUGGGGCCGCUGCCUCCUGGCUGGGAACGACGUGUUGACUCCAACGAUCGUGUGUACUUUGUCAACCACAACACGAAGACCACACAGUGGGAGGACCCACGCACACAAGGGCUACAGAAUGAAGACCCUCUCCCUGAGGGCUGGGAGAUACGGUACACACGUGAGGGGGUCCGGUAUUUUGUGGAUCACAACACACGGACCACUACGUUCAGUGACCCACGCACCGGAAAGUCCUCUGUCACCAAAGGUCCUCAGAUUGCCUAUGAGCGCAGUUUCAGGUGGAAGCUAGCACAUUUCCGUUACCUGUGUCAGUCCAAUGCACUCCCCAGCCAUGUGAAGAUUACUGUAUCAAGGCAGACUUUAUUUGAAGACUCUUUCCAGCAAAUUAUGGCCCUAAAGCCCUAUGACCUGAGAAGACGAUUAUACGUCAUCUUCAGAGGGGAGGAGGGACUAGAUUACGGUGGUUUAGCCAGGGAGUGGUUCUUUCUGCUGUCCCAUGAGGUGCUUAACCCAAUGUACUGUCUAUUUGAGUAUGCCGGCAAGAGUAACUACUGUCUGCAGAUCAAUCCCGCCUCCACCAUCAACCCUGACCACCUGUCCUACUUCUGCUUCAUAGGACGCUUCAUCGCCAUGGCGCUGUUUCACGGCAAGUUCAUCGACACAGGCUUCUCUCUGCCUUUUUACAAGCGAAUGCUCAACAAGAAGCUUAUCCUCAAAGACCUGGAGUCCAUUGACCCUGAGUUCUACAAUUCUCUCAUCUGGAUCAGGGACAACAACAUAGAGGAGUGCGGUCUCGAAAUGUACUUCUCAGUGGACAUGGAGAUCCUGGGUAAGAUCACCUCCCAUGACUUGAAGCCUGACGGCACCAAUGUCCUGGUCACUGAGGAGAAUAAAGAGGAGUACAUUGGGCUGAUGGCAGAGUGGAGAUUCUCUCGUGGGGUGGAAGGCCAGACCAAGGCCUUCCUAGAUGGAUUUAAUGAGGUGGUGCCUCUCCAAUGGCUCCAGUACUUUGACGAGAAGGAACUGGAGGUGAUGCUGUGUGGCAUGCAGGAGGUAGAUCUGCAGGACUGGCAGAGAAACACUGUGUAUCGCCAUUACACCAGGAACAGCAAGCAGAUCAUCUGGUUCUGGCAGUUGGUUAAGGAGGUGGACAACGAGGUUCGUCUGCGCCUCAUGCAGUUUGUCACGGGGACUUGCAGACUGCCUCUAGGGGGCUUUGCUGAACUCAUGGGAAGUAAUGGACCUCAGAAGUUUUGCAUUGAGAAAGUGGGAAAAGACACAUGGCUUCCUCGAAGCCACACUUGCUUCAACAGGCUGGAUUUGCCCCCAUACAAAAGCUUUGAGCAGCUGAAAGAGAAGCUUCUUUUCGCCAUUGAGGAAACAGAAGGAUUUGGCCAAGAGUAGAAAGAGAAAACAAAUAUCCCCCUCUCUACCUACUAUAAAUCCAGCAAAGUAAAAUAAAUUGCACAGAUAACCAAUGUACAUAAGCUAUUUUGUCAUUUAGCUCAUUUUGCAAAUUCCCCUUCUUAUAUUAUACCCCAUGGAAUAUGCAAGCAUUUCAGCCUUUCCUUUCCUUUUAGAAAACUGUAAAUCAAUGGUAUUUUUAUUUCACCUUCUGGCUGGGUUUUGAAAAGGAAACCAAAAGUGCCAGGAGGAUUUUGUAGUAAGAUGUUGCUUAAUUGAGCUCUAGUUUUAUAGAGCGUUUUUUAAGGGUGAUUGUAGUGUGUUUUGGGUCCUGUGCCUGAAAUUUAUUUUGGACCUGUAGUUGCAAAUGUUGAAGCGCUGUAUUUGCUUGCAUGGCUGCCUCCCAGAGCAAGAGCAAGACCCCCUCCCCACCCCUAAUUUCACAAAUACACAUACUAAAAAUAUCAAAGGAGGGAUUUUAUGCCUCCUAGUCAGUAUUGUUAUCAUCAAGACAACAGCCAGAAUGCUUCCCUUUAUCUCCUGCCCACCCAUGAGAGGAUGGUACCUUCAAGACAGUAACACAAGUCUGUAUCUGCUUAUAUCUACUGCUAAAAAAUGUAUUGAGUAAAUUCUGUACAUUUCAAAUCUGAAGUCAAAGAACGGAUUUGAGAUUAACAUUGCAAGUAUGUUAUUGCGUGUAGAGUGCGCACAGCCUUAAGUGUCGAACAAUGCAGGUAUGGAAGAAAUCAGUGAUCAGUUGAUGAAUAGGAAACUGGGUGAAAUUGCAUUUAAUUCAACCACAUUCAGUGUACCUUCAGGUUUGCUUGUGAAUGUCUGUCUUCCUGCUGAAGUGUGUGUGAUAUACAUGUUUUAGAGGCAGGGGGACUUCAUGCUUUGGCAGUUGCAGAUUUAUUACUGGUACUUCUCUUACCGCUGGUGGCACUGCAUUUGGCUUUCCUUUUCUCUCACAUGCCUAUUUAAUUUAUUAGAUAAUGUCUUGUUUGAGAAAUGAUGCAGCCAUAAUCUCAUUUUGUUGAUUGAAGCAAUGAAUACUAAAUGAUAAAAAUAAACUAUACAUUGUUUUCAUUGAA